AAUAUUUUGUCCUGUCAUUCCGUUUUGGAAUUUCGAGACGAUCUUCGAGAAAUCGAAAGCGAUUUCUCAAAUAAAACCUCAAUUAUGUCGGAAAUGGAAGUGGGUGAUAGCGAAAAUGAUUGUUCCAAUGAUUUGUUGUUGCUGGAUCGAGUGUUCCUGCGGCUCGGGAACGCAGAAACUGAUGACCAGCUAGAGAGUUGUCUUGGACGUUUUUUGCCUCCUGUGAUACUGAAGCUAUCCUCAGCACAUGAACAGGUGCGCACAAAAGUGAUGGAGCUGCUGGUGCAUGUGAACAAGCGGGUGAAGUGCCGAGCGGACGUGCAGCUGCCUGUGGAGACGCUGCUGCAACUCUACAGGGACCCGAAGGCCAACAGCUUUAUCAUUAAUUUCUCUAUAAUUUACAUCACAAUGGGAUUCCCGAGGCUGCCCCGCGAGCAGCAGCUCACUCUGGCGCCAUCUUUGCUCGAAGCUAUUGGAAACAAGCCUCAGGGCCAUCAGGAUGGAAUAUUGGUACUAAUAAUGCCGCUGUUGGGUGACAUCAAAGAAGCGGAGCUAAAUCUUAAGGAGAAACCAAAGCUGGCUUCACUUGUACUAAAGUUCGCCACGGACAUACUGUUGCUGCCUUACAGAGCUCUGCCAAAUCCAGGCGACAGUGAGUUCCAAGUGCCCCCCGGCAUGAGCAUGAGGACUUAUAAAAGGAUCGUGGACAAGAACCAACUCAACCCUAGCCAGUUGGAAGAGAUGAAAUUAUCGAUAGUGAACUUAAUAAGCAAGGACAUAUUCAAUGCUUCCGACGCGUUACUGCCGCUGGUGGUCGCCGCGGCGGACUCGCGGUUCAGCGUCGCUAACCACGCCAACAGCCCGCUCAUACGGGCCAACAGUUCUGUGGACUGGUCGCAGGCUUCAGUGGUGGCGCCGCUGUAUUCGCUGUAUUUAGGCACGUGGGGCGGACUAAAGGUGCCUCCAGAUGAUCGCAAGGUACCAGCGUGCACCAGACUUCGUCUCAAGAUAAUCCAGUACCUGAACAAAGCAACAGGAGCAGGCAUAAUGUUCCCUCAUUGUGUACAGGUGAUAUUCUCGUCUUUGUUCGAUCCGAACACAAACUCCAGGCUGCGAAACAUGGCGCUGAUGUUCUUACUCAACGUUAUCAACAGUGGUGACCUAAGCCAGCUACGGAAAGUGUCCUCAGUGUUUCUGCAAGGCCUGCUGAAGAUCAUCCGUUCUGAUGAACACGCGGAACACCAACCCAAGGCCUACAUGUGUUUAGGCAGGCUAGCAAUGAAGUGUCCGAAGACGAUAAACAACCAGUUCGCGCUCCUCGAAGAGUUAGUCAAGAAGAUUCCAGAAGCCACUCCAGAGAUGAGGACAGCCUUGCGGGACGCUUUACGCUUUACUGGAGGGUAUGACUCAGCUUGUCGUUGGUCAACAUUCUUCGAAGAUUCAAGAAGAUCAACCCGGAAGGUAAAUAACCAAUUUAAAAACCCGAGCACAUCGCAAGAGGCGAUGGAUACAGACGAAGGUUCGGAGAGCAAGAAACCUAAAACCAGCGCCUUCGACGAGCCUCAAGCGCUGGCACUCUUCGCUUUACUUGACCAUUAUAUGCAUAGUGAGGAGUCAAUGAUCAGAUACAUCGCAAUGCGGUAUUCUGCGGCCGUCUAUCCUCAGGACUACAUCCCGUCCAGAUAUCUAUUGUUACUCGCCAGUGGAGACAGCCAAGACGAAGUGUCAACAGAAGCCCUAAAAUGCCUAUACGGCACCUCCCGCCCAAGUGAGAUCGAAGACGUCGUCAACAACGCAAACAAGAAAGAGACAAACACUGUCAACCUAGACGACGACACCUCCAAGAAAGACAAGGACAAAGAACAGGAAGAAGAGUUCAAAGUGCCAAAGUUUGGGGAUAUAGUGAAUUACGUGUGGGACCAGAUGCAGAAGAGGAAGAAAGGGUCGAAUGCGAAGCAUCGGUUUGUGGUCAAUAAUCAAGUGUUGCAGUUUCACCCUUUGACUUAUCAAGAGAUCCUUCGCUACCUCCGCAUGUGCCUGAACCGCGAGGCGGGCCUCCGCGACUGCUCGGAGCACCCUAAUGCCACCUCCCCUCUGCUCGCCAAGUACUUCUACGAGAGACUGCUCGACUCUGAAGUGCUCGAGCAAUACCUCUCCAUGAUCACCUCUCUACUGAGCGCUAGCCCAGAAAUAAUGCCGCUCACAUGCUUCCUAGACAUCGUGGGCUGUGUGCCCGAAAAGAUGGCGGCCAAAUACACGCAUCUCCUCCCCUUCCUCAAAAACCUCUUCAUAACCUCUACCAAGGAAGACAUCCGAGAGGCCGCUUCCGUCAUCUACGCUAUAAUCUCAGUACACACCAGCGAUAAGUCAGCGAUAGAGCGCGAGUUGAAAGAGUUCGUGGUACAGGGGGAGGGUAAUAGGAACUUGGAAUCCCAGUGUGGAUACUUGUGCGUGUUUUCGCAUGUGUGCGAGCGGUGUCUCGUGUUGGCGAAGAGGGGGAAAUUUGGGGGGAAGGGGUUCAGUGGGGCGAAUUGGGAGCCGUAUCAAGAGGGGGUUAGAAGUUUAGCCAAAUUCCUGUCCAACCCGCAAACGCUCCUAGUAAAUACAUCCGUAUCCGCUAUAUCUCUCCUUGCGAGAGCGGGGCCUCUACCGCUACCUGACUCCGAUCCUAAACAGGCUGCGACCAUACAAAGCGACACACCGUUCAAUGUGAACAAGACUGAUUCAGAAGACACGGUGAACAAGUUCACAGUAGCAGACAGCCUCUUCAGAAUAGUCGGCAACGCGAAGCUGCCGUCUAAAAUAAAGGAGCGAGCGUUGUACACACUCGGACUACUCUGCUGCGGCGAGCGUUUUCCCUUCGCGAAGCAAAUCGUUAAAGGGUUCCUGCAAAUGGCUAAAGAUAGCAAAGAAUUUGAAAUACAUUUACAAAUUGGUGAGUCGUUGGUGUUGUGCGUAGAGGGUGUAAAUUCCAACGAGAACAGAGAUCUUUGGACCGAACUACCCAAAGAGGGUGAUGCUAAAAUAAGAGAUCGGGAGGCAUUGAAGGAAAACGACGAGCUGUUAGAAUGGCUGCUGCAGGAGCUGUUCAAGAUCGGCAAGCACCCGCACCCACACUCCAGACAGGCGACCAGUAUUUGGCUUCUGGCUUUACUAAAGAACUGCCCCGAACGGGCGCCUAUAUCGAGCAAGCUGCCAGCGCUUCAGGAGGUUUUCAUGGAUUUCCUGUCCGAGAACAGCGAAAUAGUCCAAGACGUCGCCAGCAAGGGCCUAAGUCUCGUGUACCAGAAUUCCGAGGAGACUGCGAAGAAAGCCCUCGUGGCUCAGAUCAUAGAGCAGCUGACCAGUGGCAAACGCGCUGUGGCUCAAGUCACGGACGACACGAAGAUAUUCGAGGAGGGACAGCUGGGCAAGGCUCCCACGGGAGGCAAUCUGUCUACGUACAAAGAACUGUGUUCCCUCGCCUCGGACUUAAACCAACCAGACCUUUUGUACAAGUUCAUGCACUUGGCACACCAUAAUUCCAUGUGGAAUUCUAAAAAAGGAGCUGCGUUCGGGUUCCACUCUAUAGCUCUACAAGCGGGGGCCCAGUUAUCCGAACACUUGCCUAAGAUUGUGCCGCGUUUAUACCGCUACAGGUUUGACCCCACGCCGCGCAUACAGAACUCUAUGGCCAGCGUGUGGCACGCUUUAGUGCCCAAUACACAAGCUACCGUACAUAAAUACCACAAAGAGAUCCUCGACGACCUCGUAGCCAACAUGACUUCAAACCAGUGGCGAGUGAGGAUGUCCUGCUGUAAUGCCCUCGCCGAUCUUCUCAGAGGAGCGCUAAGUCUCCACGAGUCGCUGGCGCAGCUGGGGACGCUGUGGGCGCAGCUGUUCCGCGUCAUGGACGACGUGCACGAGGGCACAAGGCAGGCCGCCACCGCCGCGGCCAACGUGCUCUCCAAGCUAUGCGUCCGCGCAUCCGACGUGAGUCAAGGCAAAGACGGCAAGCAAAUCGUGUCGGCCAUCCUGCCUGUGUUAUUGGAUAACGGCAUCACUAACAUCGCGCGGGAAGUCAGGAGUGUCAGUUUACAGACGGUCUCCAAACUAGUGAGCGCAGCGGGUGAUUCUCUCGCACCGUUCCUUCCCAAGCUCAUACCCGCUUUAGUCAGUGCGGCAGGCGAACUGGAGUCUGCCAAACUGUCUUACCUUAGUACGGCGAUGGGCACCGACAGUGGGACUAGAGAUCUUAUCGACGAUAUGCGAGCCAACGCAGCUAGGCAACACUAUACUACUGACACUGUUGUUAAGUGCAUGCCGUUCAUAAACAUCGAAGUGAUGAAAGAGACUCUCCCCAAAAUCCUAGAGCUGACCAAAUCACCCCAGCUCGGGACCAAAGUCGCCUGCACACACUUCAUAGUGCUCGCCGCGCACUACUUGCGGGGCGAGUUGGAACCAAUCGCGGGGAAGAUUAUGAGUAACCUGCUGAAUGGGGCGUUUGAUAGAAACGCGACGGUGAGGAAGAACUAUGCGGAGGCGUUGGGACAAGUUUCAGCUUAUGCUAAGCAAUCAUCAAUCGACAAACUAAUGAAGAAGCUAGUCGGGCUAUACGAGACGAAGGAAGAGGACACAGCGAGGUCUGCCAUCGCGCUCACUCUCAAGUCCAUCGCGAAGGCCAAGAUAGAACAUGUCAAGGACAACGAAGCGGUCUUGGCUCCUAUGGUCUUCUUGGCUAUGCAUGCGCCGAAGGAUGACGACUCGACGACGGUAGAAAUGUUCGAAGACAUAUGGACGGACAUCAGCCCAGCGCGAGCGAGCGGCAUCCGCCAGCAUCUACCAGCUAUUCGGGAGGAAAUCGAACGCGCGCUCAACUCUAGCAGUUGGACCAAGAAGAUACAGGCGGCGAACGCAGUAAAGACGAUAUGUAAAGACCUCCCCGACGGCUUAGGCGACCAGAGAGAACAACUCAUCCGAGCGUUACUAGCCGCCGUUCACGGGAAGACCUUCGACGGCAAACAACACAUGAUUCAAGCCCUAGCUGAGUGCUGCAGCGUCAAAGACGGCGAAGCGCCCAUCUCCCAAGCACUAGCCUCAGAGUGCAUCAACGCGCUCCUAGUGGAAGCCCGCAAGCAAAUGGUUUACAAGAAACACGCAAUCGCGGCUUUGGGAGAGGCUCUCAGCGCUAUCGAGACGGAUCACUUCAACCAAGUCUAUGAAAUCGUCAAGGUCAUACUGUCCAAGGAUGAGUUGUCAAUGGGCAAGGAAUCGGACGAAGAGGAUAACGAGGGUGCGCGCAUGCGACGCGAGCAACUCGGCGCGUUGAAGGAAACGGCGUAUGAACUGCUCGGCAAAGCGUGGCCCAAGGACGCCGCUACACAAGAAAAAUACCAAGACGUAUUCUUCGAGCACUGUGCGACCUCUUAUUCCACUAGUACUCGCUCCACGCAGCUCGCUAUCCUUGCUGCCGCUACACGAGUAGUAGAGAGACUGGCCGUGCUUACUGCUGAACCUAUGGACACUGAUGAUGCUGAUAGUAGGAGCAAGGCUAUCAGCAGCGUGGUUGGACAUGCGGCCAGCAUUAUUGACUACACGUUGAAAAACAGUAAUCAAGUGAGGCACAGGCGAGACGCGUUGAAUCUCAUGGAAGUGCUCAUCAAAAAGCUCAAAGAUUUAAACAAAUUUGAGGAACUGGAGAAACUGAGCAGUAUUUACAACCUGUAUUCAAAAGAUCUAUCGAAGGACUCCUCUCAUGAAAUAAGGGCAAAGGUUGAUAACAUUAAAGUGUACUUGAAAUAACUUAAUGAAUUAGUUAAUAAAACAACACUGUAAAUUAAA